AUGGCAGCCAACACAAAUGUCGGAGAGGAUGGAGACACAAUUAUCAACGCCUGUACAUACCACAGGAUGGAAUUCGACAGGGUCCUGAUACGGACGAAUGAGCGAAAGCUCGAUGCACCAUUUCUGCUGUCUACCUCGGAUACCACCUCAUCGUCAAGCCUCGGUAUCUUGAGCCGCCUGCCCGAGGAGUUGAUUCUCAUGAUACUUCGCGAACUUGACAUUCUCUCGUAUCUGCGUUUUCGGGGCGUCAAUAACCGUGCACGCAGCAUAGCGACAGCAUCGCGCGAGUACAAAACGGUGGUGAAGCAUGGACUUCAGGGACUGAAACCAUUGCUCAAGGCAGAGCUGGCACAUGUUUGUACCAUUGCUCACUUCUACCAGACGUUAGUCAGUAACAAGUGCGAGUUCUGCGGAAAGUUUGCAACGUUUCUAUAUCUUAUUGCUUGCCAGCGAUGCUGCUUCACUUGUCUGCAAAUCUCUGUCGACCUGCACGUUCUCCCUGUCCCGGUACCUAAAGCGUUCGCGAAAGCAGUGAAAUGUUCAAGUAAGGAGAUCGAAAAGAUCUCUGGACCUAAACUUCGAGUGGUCUAUGGAAAAUACUCUCUACAGCCAUGGCCAAACGUUAAGAGACCCAGAUACCUUGUACAAGCCAAGCCUGUUGUUGAGAAGCUCAGGUCUCUUGGCUCUUCUCCAAGAAUCCCAAAGUCGGUACUAUCACAUCAACCGCAAAGUCAAUCUCACGACGAAAUAAGACAUGACUUUUGCUACCGGUAUAUGGCUGCUGCUGCUUUACCAUGGUACGAUUUGAGUAAUGACAGGAUGGAACCAGGGAUGAAUUGCAAAGGAUGUCAAUUCCGCGUUGAAGAGUAUGAACGCACGAACAGACGUCUGGACCCGCCAUGGGGUUUCAAUGAUAGGGAUCGGGUGUACUCACGGGAGGAGUUCUUGUGCCAUUUCGGAUCUUGUACGCAUGCCCAGAAAGUAUGGGCUGACACACAAGAGAAACGAAUGGCUCCAGAAUCAGCUUUCACUCUCCAGGGCGGGAUUGUGCUGCAUUAUGAACCCAGACACGAACUUCAUUGA